AUGGCCGGCAGGUCGAAUAUCAGCCAGUUCAAGUUUGGCUCCGCACAAUCUCUCACUCAAAACUCCUCAUUCCUCAUUUCAACCUUUGGCUUUGCUCUUCAUUCGUCUCAAUCAAUGACCUCUACACCUCCUCAGAAUCACCGGAUCGGCCAGCUAGAUGGCUAUCCGCCCGCUCUGCCCACCGGCACGGAGCUUCGAGCAAGCCAGAAGGCUUGGAAACUGGGCGAGAUUCGAGAUGCCAUACUCGGCUAUCUGGAUAAGGCGGAUCUGGCGGUCAUGAUGCGGGUGGAUAGAGAGGGGAUGAGGGACGUGGCGGGGAAGCUAUACAGGAGGGUGGAGUACGAGGCCGUGGAGAAGAUGGAUAUAGCCUCGCCUCGUGAAGAGCUUUACUGCAACGGCAUCCGCUACAUCGACGCCACCGGUAUCACCUACACCGUCGAGUCGCUCGACGCGCUGGGGUUCGGUCUGCCAGACCCUGGCGCCUCCCCCGCCGAGGUCGAGGACUGGACCGACGACUACCACCUGGAACGCUUCAAUGCCAUCGUUCCUAAUAUUCGGCAGCUGUGCCCAAAGCUACAGGAGAUACUCUUCGGGACAGAAUACGAGCCCUUGGGCAACCAGCCAUCCUGGCGGGUUAUCAUGACGGAUGAGGAUACCGGUGUCAUCGAGCAUACACGCCUAUACGGCAUGAGCUUGGCGGACGGUCCUUCGGCCACGCUGGACGAGCUCGGCGAGAUGGACUCCGUCACUAAGCCAGCUCCUCAUGGCUACACCUUCAAAGCCUUUGUCGACCCUUGGCUAUAUCCCUCCCACGAGGGGGUAGUAGACCAGAGGCUCGUCGAUCGGUGGACCGCCGCUCUAUGUGAAGGUCCCGUCUUUGCGCUUCUCGGCGGCGGGAUACGGACCUUCAAUCUGCCUAUCUCCCUGGACACCCUCGCACGCUUAUACGAGCGUCAAACGGCCAACGGUGUAACGCGUCGCCUUAUUCUUAUCAAUUGCCAAAAUAUCUCACCCUACAAUAUCUCGGACUUUGAGCGUUUUGCGCGCGUCGCGCUGUCGUCGCUUGGAUCACUCCAUCUGAGCAGCGGCGCCGAACGAUACUCGGACAUCUACGACGAAGCUCGGACCCUCAUUCGGUACGCGGACCUACCAGCCCUGGUAACGGUCAUACGGAACUACCUACCGAAUCUCUCACAGCUACACAUCGCUGUCAGCGGGAUCGAGGAUGCCGAGGCAGUCUGCCUACCGCUGCUAUUGCCGGAAGGUCUCGACCGGGGCGGUAACAUCAACGACCUCACACUUUUUGUGGCAGACGCCAAGACGCCCAUGUUCAAUAUCAUCAGGAUGUUGUACGGGUGUCUUGCGGAAAGAGCCCGGGUGUACAUUGGGGAGGACGAUGAUCCGGUCUGGGACUGGGACGCGCAGAUGGAAUACCUGGAUCAUCUACAGCAACACCAUGCGGAGCAAAAGCUGGAGCGAUUCGCCGACCAAAUGGCAAUCGCCAGCCGGUCGGUGCUGGACACUCGCAUCCCCGCGUGCCAAAAAGCAACUUCGGCUCUAUCGUCCGCCUCCGUCGACUUGGGUAUCGCUGCAACCUCAGGCGAUGCAGCAUGGAUGAUGGAUGAGGCGCACGCCAUGCAGAAGAAGAUCAGGGCCGUGCGGAACGCUGCUUUGGCGAUGGCGCGAGAGUUAGAGAAGGCGGACGAGGAGUUGAAGGCGUAUACAAAGUCGCUACAGGUGUUGGCAGAGCGGUCGCGCGAGUGA